AGAAAUAAGUUUUUCUUGAAAGUACAAUAAUGUUACUUUAAAUCGUUAUUUAAUCGAUAUAACAAUUAUUUAUUUAGCUUUAUAGUGUUUUACUGAACCGGAGUUGACAAACAAUAUCGUCAAAAUGAGUGGUUUCAAUUAUUCCAGUUUCAACAAAUCUAACAAAAUGAAUGCUGUACCUCCUCCUAGCAGUUUAACAGCUCCUUCUGUGCCUAAGAGACUGAAUGCUGUACCUCCUCCUAGUUCUAUGGGAACGGGAAUAAGGCACAGUGCCAUUCCACCCCCUACGACUGGUCUUAGCAAACAGGGAUAUUCGACUAUGACUGCUAUCAGCCAGAACGCUCUUACAGCGUCUUGGGGCACAGGAUCCAGGAAACGAGCGGUUACAGAAGACGAAUAUUUUGAUCAAGAUGACGAGGAACAAGUACCAGAGCUUGCAUAUAUUCCCGCACCUGAUAGUCCUACUAGGUUAGAAAUGAAUAGAAAAAGGUCCGGGGAUGAUGAUAAUGAUGACGAUGACGAUCCACUUGAUGCUUUUAUGGCGGGGAUUGAAGCUCAAGUUCAAAAAGAGAGUCAGAAUGUUGGUUCAUCUGCACAGUCCCAACAACAAGCUGUUAGAAAUGAUUUAGAGGAAGAAGAUAUUGAAGAAUCUUAUUACAGGUACAUGGAGGAAAAUCCAAAUGCUGGUGUGUUACCUGUGGAAGAGGAUGGCAUAGAAAUAGAGUAUGAUGAAGAUGGAAAUCCAAUCCCACCUGAUAAGAAAAGAAUUAUUGAUCCACUUCCACCAAUCGAUCAUUCAGAGAUUGAAUAUCAACCUUUUCAGAAGAAUUUCUAUAUUGAGCAUCCAGAAAUAAAGUUGCUCAGCAAGAAUAAGGCUUCUGAGUUGCUUAAAACUUAUGACCUUCACGUCUCGGGAAACGAUAUACCAAAGCCUGUCGCUUCUUUUGCCCAUUUUGGCUUUGACAGCAAACUUCUAAAGGCUAUUGUUAAAGCAGAGUAUUCAUCACCUACACCCAUUCAAGCCCAGGCAGUACCGUGUGCCAUGAUGGGUAGAGAUGUACUGGGCAUUGCUCAAACCGGUAGUGGUAAGACUGCAGCUUUCUUGUGGCCUCUCUUGAAGCAUGUUUCAGUUCAAAAGCCUGUGGAGGAAGGGGAGGGGCCCAUAGCUCUUAUUUUAGCUCCGACAAGGGAGUUAGCGUUGCAAAUUUACAAUGAGGCUAAAAAGUUUGCUAAAGUUUAUGAUUUGAGGGUGAUAUGUGCCUAUGGUGGUGGAUCAAAGUGGGAGCAAACAUUGGCUCUGCAAGAAGGCGCGGAAAUAGUCGUGGCAACACCGGGUCGUAUAAUCGACCACGUCAAAGGCGGCGCCACAAACUUACAGCGGGUGACGUUUCUGGUAUUAGAUGAAGCCGACAGAAUGUUUGAGUUGGGUUUUGAGCCUCAAGUUAGAUCGGUUUGCAAUCACGUUAGGCCUGAUAGACAGACUUUGCUGUUUUCUGCAACAUUUAGAUACAAAAUUGAAAGGUUGGCCAAAGAUGCGCUUCACGAUCCAAUAAAAAUUUCUCAAGGAACUACUGGUCAAGCCAAUGAAGAUAUCACCCAACAUGCCUUGCUUUUACCCACUCAGGAAGCCAAAAGAGAUUGGUUGUUUGGAAAACUAGUUGAAUUGUUAUCAGCUGGUUCAGUGUUGAUAUUCGUCACGAAAAAACUAGAUGCUGAAAAAGUGGCCAAAGACUUGUUAGUUAAAGAGUAUGACUGUUUGCUGUUGCAUGGGGAUAUGGAGCAAGCUGAAAGAAAUAAAGUUAUUACAGCUUUCAAGAAGCAAGAAGUACCUUUAAUGGUUGCUACUGAUGUGGCUGCUAGGGGUUUGGAUAUUCCUCAUAUCAGGACAGUUAUUAACUAUGACAUAGCUAGGGAUAUUGAUACGCAUACCCAUAGGGUUGGUAGGACUGGACGUGCUGGUAUGCAGGGUACGGCUUACACGUUAUUAACCUUCAAAGACAAGGAAUUUGCCGGGCACAUAGUAAAGAAUCUCGAAGCGGCCCAUCAACAAGUACCGCAAGAGGUUAUGGAUCUAGCGUUACAAAGUUCAUGGUUCAGAAGUCAAAAGUUGAAGAGCAAAAAAGAAAAUCCCAACGUGGGCGGCAUAGGGCUGGGUUUCAAGGCGAAACCGUCGGCGAUGCGAGGCUUCGUUGCCAGCUCCUCGGGAAAUCUGUCAACGUCGCCCGCGGCUCCGCCCCCUUCUACGAAGGGACCCGCCACCAACAGACUGACCGCCAUGAAAGAGGCCUUCAAAGCUCAAUAUAUGAAUCAGUUCACUGCUAGUUCUGAAAGUCCCCCACCGCCACCGCCUAGCCAAAGAAAAAAAAAGAGCCGAUGGGAAUGAACAACCAGCGUUUUUAUUUAAAUUUUAAUGAAAUUAUUAGGUACUCGCGUAUGUACAAAUGUUACAAACUAAAACUAAGUUCGUUUUAGAUGCAGAACUUUACACAGUCAACAGUUAUUACUUCAGGUUAUCUGACAUUUGUUAUAUGUUACAGUGAAAGUCGGAAAUUCAGUGAUUGUUAACAGUCACUAGGAAAUGCUAACAAUUACGCAUUGGACCAGUGAAUGUGGUAUUUUAAAGAGAUUUGUCGACUUUUCAUAGUAAUUUCUAA